AUGGAAGCUACCUUCGAAGGGCUGCUGCGCAGCGUGCCCGCGGUGCUGCAGACGCUGCCCGACGACAGCAAGCGCAGCGUGGCGGCGACGUCGUGGAGCGCGCUGGCGGCGGUGCUGGAGCGGACCCGCGCGACGCUGCGGCUGUCCGCGGGCGGCGACCUGCUGCGUUCGAUCGCCCAGCACAUGAGGCCCGGCGCGAGGCCCGCGCUGGGGAGCGUGUGCGUGAGGUGGCUGGCCGAGGCGACACUGGCUGCCGACGAGGCGGGCACGUUCUUGGCGGGGCUGUACGCGUUCGUGGAGCAGCAGGGUGGCAUGUCCGACGACGAGGAUUGCGCGGACGUCCGUGACUGGGCAAGGUCCCAGUACGGGUCGAUGGACGAGGAAGAGGCUGGUUGGGAAACAGAAUAUGAGAUAUUCGAUCUGCUAGCCGUCGCACAGGAGUGCGUGAAGCUCGGCACCCCCCUCAAGCUCCGCGGCGUGACGGCGGUACAGGAGGACUUUGACGGUGGCGACCGCGGAGGCGUGCUUCUGGAGCUGCUGCGCCUGCCGUCCGUGGCGAGCAACCUGCGCCAGCUCAAGCUGGAGCGCUUCCAUCUUACGUCCGCUGAAUUCACCGAGCUGAUGAAGGUCCUGCGCACCACCACAAAGCUGGAGCAGCUGCUCAUGUGCUACUACUACCCCGGAGAGAUACAGAUCUCGCCUGCUGGCAUGGCGGAGCUGAUCGACACGGUCUCUGGACUGGAGAUGCUGCGCGAGCUGAGGCUCCCUCCUCUGCCCGAGGCAUCCGGCGGCGCGCUUCUCCGGAUGCUCGGGAGGCACAAGUCGCUGGAGGAGCUGCACCUGGUCGUGCUGAAACCAGUGAUUGACGAGACUGCUCUCGAGUCGAUGCUGCGCACGAGCACGACGCUGAGGAAGCUCCUCAUCGUCGAUCGUUCCGAUCUGUACGACGGUUCUGAAGAAGAGGGUGAGUGGAUCUCUGCGGAUGUCGGGAAGGCUCUGAGCGCUGGACUCUCCCAGAACAACACGCUGCGGGAACUGCACGUCGGGGGCGACUGGCUCGAACCCGACGACGGCGACAUCGACAGCCUGCUACAGAACACAAGCCUGCAGCGCCUCGACCUGUGGGGAUCUUAUGACCGCAGAUGCAUCUCGCCGCUCAAACUCGCGGCGGCGGUGAGGCGGGGCAGCGCGCUGCGGGUGAUGCACGUGCCAGGCGGUCUGGUCGGCGUGGUCGAUGUCGCUCGAGCGCUGUCGUCGAGGUCGUGCGUGGUCGAGCUGCACGUCGUUACGCCCCGGACUCUCAGCGAGCUGGUGCCUGGGUUCGUGCGCGAGCUCGCGAAGGCCAUCGCUGACGGAGCGCUGGGCCGCACUCUGGAGGCCCUCAGAAUCUUCGACAAGUCUAGGGUCGACAGUCUUCCCUUGCGUGGGAUGCGGGAGCUGGUCGAUGCGAUGGUCGAGCGGCGGCAACUGGGGAAACAUCACGAGAUCGGAGCGGCGCUCUGGGCGGCAUCGAAGGCGACGCCGAAGCAAGACAUCCAGAAGGAGGUCGACGGGCUCAAGGGCAGGCUGCGUCGCACGUACGAGGAGGGCUGGGGACGCAUCAAGCUCCGCAUUAAUAUGAGCCCUCGAUCAACGUAG